CGUUUCCAACCGUGGGCAAAACCGCGAGGCGCCGUCAGUCUUAUUAACGACUGGCUGCGGAUCAGCCACGCUCCUCGUAAAUUCGGUUUUUGCUGUUUCCGCCUCCGAACCACAAACAUGGCAACCACGAGCAACCUCGUCAUCUGUACUCUGCUAGUCCUAUUCGUCGGCCUCCUGGGUUCUAUCGCUGCUCAGGAACGAUUCCCGCUGUCCCUAAUACACAUCAAUGAUUUCCAUGCCAGAUUCGAGGCCACAGAUACCAGCGGUGGCAUUUGCGCCGAGGGAACCGAGUGCAUCGGGGGCUAUGCUCGGACUGUGUACACGGUGAAGCAGCUGCUGGAGCAACAGAAGGAUCAGAAUCCCAUCUACAUCAAUGCGGGAGACAGCUUCCAAGGCACGCUCUGGUACAACAUUGGCAGAUGGAACGUGACCCAACAGUUCCUCAACAUGUUGCCCGCGGAUGUCAUGACGCUAGGUAACCACGAGUUCGAUCAUGGCGUCGAGGGUGUUGUUCCAUUCCUCCAAACCAUCAACACGAGGAUGCUGGUGGCCAACAUGGACUGUGCCCACGAGCCCACCAUGGAAGGUCUCUACGAGAAAUCCCAGAUCAUUGAGCGUGGCGGACGCAAGAUCGGCCUUAUUGGCGUCAUUCUGGAAACAACCUACGAUCUGGCCAACACGGGUAAACUGAUCUUCCGCAACGAGAGCGAUGCCAUACGCGAAGAAGCAGCGCUGCUGAAAGAGCAGGGAGCCAACAUCAUCAUUGUGAUCUCGCAUUGUGGUUACGAAGUGGAUCAGACUAUUGCCGCCGUUGCUGGUGAUGUUAUCGACGUCAUUGUUGGUUCCCACUCCCAUACCUUCCUCUAUACGGGCACGCCUCCUGGUCCAGAUACGCCCAGGGGCAACUAUCCCACCGAGGUGGUUCAUCAGAGCGGACAUCGUGUGCUCAUUGUCCAGGCGGGCGCGUAUGCUAAGUACGUGGGCAACCUGACCGUCUACUUCGAUGACGAGGGCAACGUCGUUGACUUUGAGGGUGCCCCACUCUAUAUGGGCGCUGAUGUACCCGAAGACGAAGAAAUUGUCGAAGCAAUGCAGCCCUGGCAGGAAAUCAUGGACGAGACCGGCAAGGUGAUCAUAGGACGCACUGUGGUCGAUCUCACCAAGGCCGACUGCAGCGAUCGGGAGUGCAAUCUGGGCAACUUCGUUUGCGACUCAAUGGUGCACUCAUUCACGGGACUAACGCCAUUUGAUCAGACAGCCUGGACAAAUGUAUCGAUUGCCUUGGCGGCCACAGGAGGAAUGCGUGUUCCCUUGCCCCGAGGAAAUCUGUCCUAUGCCCACUUGGUUAGCAUGUCGCCGUUUGGCAAUCUUCUGAUUGCCUUCAAUACGCCCGGACAGAAGAUUGUCGAUGCCCUGGAGUUUGGAGCGAGUAAAAUUGAUUUUGAAAAUAACGUGUCUACCUCAUACAUCUUUUUGCAAGUGGCUGGCCUUAAGGUCACCUAUGAUUUCACCAAGCCUGUUAACGAACGCGUCAUCUCGGUGCUCGUUCGCUGCGCCGAUUGUCCUGUGCCGCUUUACGAACCUCUGGAACCUACCAAAAUUUAUCGCGCGGUUGCACCCGACUUUUUGUUUAACGGUGGCGAUGGCUACACAAUGUUCGCCGAUGCCACGGAUGUCCAACCGGGAGCUAUAGAUCUGGAUGCCCUCAUCUCGUACACCGAGAACAACACUCCCAUCUACACGGGUCGCGAAGGCCGCAUCACUGUGCUGUAGAACCUGCCUUGCUCUUCCUCAAUGGAUUGUUAGCUCAUUAUUUUUUUUUAUUCUUAUUAAAUACAUGUUUUAAGAUU